UAAUAAGUGCAUUUUGUAUUGCACUUUGUAGCUGUGAUUUUUUUAUUGAAAACACGUCUUCUUUGUAUGGGAAUAAUAAAGGUGACAUGAGUAGUAGGUUUACUUCUCCUGUAUCCCUAUCAAAUGACUCUGGAUUGAAUACGCUGGAUAGAGUUGUGGCAAGUGAAGAAAAUCAUAAACCAAGUUUUGUAAAUUGUUCCAAAUACAAUCCACAAUUUGCCGAAGAACAAGGACGAAAUAAAUUUGUUAUGAAUGUGCGUGCAUACGAUAUUGAUCCAAUCGAUAAAGGUGGUCGUGUUACAUACGAGCUCGUCAAUGCAUUCACCGAAAUUAUAUUUUUUCGAAUCGAUAAUAUAACGGGUGAUAUUUACACAGUGCAUAAUAUCGAUCGAGAUUGGCCAUCACGUAAAGAAGUUUUCUAUAUUAUUGUGCAAGCAACGGAUAAUGGUGUACCACCUUUAUCGGAUGUAUGCACGAUUAAAUUGACGAUUACGGAUAUUAACGAUAACGAACCAUGGUUUGAUAAACAGUCCUAUAAAGAAUUAAUGCCACAAGAUUUAGCAAUCGGUAACGAAGUAAUGCGAAUGUCAGCCACCGAUUUCGAUAAUGGUAACAAUUCACUAUUAUCGUUCAAAAUAACCGCUCAAAAUCCUGAAGAAGAGCACACUUUUCGCAUGGAUGAGUACACUGGGGUUAUCUAUUUAAAUACCCCCGUCGAAAAACAACCUGGUUACACUUAUCUACUAAAAGCCAUCGUAACGGAUCACGGUCAAGUGCCAUUGUGGGCUGAAAUGGAUGUCAGUAUCACGGUUGUUGGCUCAAAUAAAAAAUCACCAAGCUUCAUAGAAAAACCAAGCGGUCCAAUUCAAAUUGCUGAGAAUUAUCGCGACUUCAAAGAACCAAUCGCAGUGUUACGGGCUCAAUCGAAUAUGCAAAAUCAAAGUGAUUUAAUUUUCCACAUCGUUGCUGGACGUAUCGAGCAAUCGAAUCGGCAAAAUACAUUUAUCCUUGAAUCAAUUGGGGAUACAGCUUAUGUGAAAUUGGGUAAAUCGUUGGAUUAUGAAACAGUCACAGAUUAUACGUUAACGAUUCGUGUUCAAAACAAAAAUAAUUUGGCAAUUGAAACAAAAAUCUUGAUUGAUGUUUUGGAUGUAAACGAUAAUACACCAGCGUUUCCAGAACUUAUUUCAGGAAGCGUUCCAGAAAAUGAGCCAAUUGGAACGGCUGUGAUGCAAGUACGAGCUAUCGAUUUGGAUGGAACUUCAGCAAAUAAUCAAGUAACGUAUCGAUUAGAUGACCAUAAAGAUCUCUUUACGAUCGAUCCACAAAAUGGUAAUAUUACGACCUUGGUAAAGUUUGAUCGUGAGGAACAAUCAGUUUACAGUGUUAAAGUAAUCGCCACGGAUAAUUCGCCAAGUAUUUUCUUUGACACGGGCGAACAUAACGAAGGACAACAGGUCUUCAGAAUCGAAAUCUCUGAUAAGAACGAUAAUAAACCUAGUUUUACAAAGAAUGUCUACGUAUCGAAUCCAAUACCAGAAAAUGCAAACAUCCAUACCGUAGUAAUCGAAGUUUUAGCUUUAGAUAACGACACAGCUUCACCUGUAGUAUACAGUAUUAUCAAUGGCAACGAAGGAGAUGCAUUUAAAAUCGAAAACAAUACCGGAAAAAUCCGAACAGAUAAAGAACUCGAUUACGAACAAAUCACAAAUUACACGUUAACGGUUCGAGCAUUUGAUGGUGCUUGGGCUGAUGAAUGUCGAGUCGAAAUUCAAAUCGCUAAUGUUAACGAUAAUCCACCGGAGCUAUUAAACUUCAAAAAUUAUACUAGGAUCCAGGAAGAAAUGGUUGUUCAAGAUUGUAUUGCCCAGUUUAAUGCAUUCGAUCCGGAUAUUAAGGACAUAAAUGCUCCACAGCAUAUUUUAUUUAUUAUUUGGGAUCAAAAACAGAGUGAAUAUUUUACAAUUGAUAAAUCUGGAUGUUUACGGGUGAUUCGACCAUUGGAUCGUGAUCCUCCAAAUUCGCCAGAACGUCAACUGAUUAUUGUUUUGGCUGAUGAUGAUGGAGGUCCAACUGCGCUAAAAACUAGUGUCGUUUUUAAUGUUUAUUUGGAUGAUAUCAACGACAACGCACCUUAUUUGGAUAUUUAUUCGGUGGUUUGGUACGAAAAUGAACCUUCCGAUAAAGUAAUCACUGUUUUAACGGCCAAAGAUAUUGAUAGUGAUAAAAAUGGUGCUCCGUUCACGUACGCCUUAGAUGAAAAUGCUGAUCCUGAAAUCAAACAGAAAUUUUACAUUAUUGAUGACAAAUUAUUUGCAAAUGUUGUAUUCGACCGUGAAGAAAAGAAAUUUUACUUAAUUCCGAUUAAAGUGAGCGAUAGUGGUACUCCUAUGAUGACUGGCGUUAGCAUACUCAAAGUGAUUAUUGGAGAUCGAAACGAUAAUGCUAUGAAGAAUGGAUCGAGUAACAUUUUUGUCUACAAUUAUAAGGGUGAAACUGGUAACGUAGAAAUAGGUCGAGUUUAUGUUGACGACCCAGAUGAUUGGGAUCUACCAGACAAGAGAUUCUCAUGGGGAUCAAAAGGUGCUCAUCCUUUAUUCGAAUUAAAUCCAACAAAUGGAAUGAUUACAAUGUUACACGGUGCAAAUAAUAAUGACUACAUUCUCGAAUUCGAAGUAGUAGAAGAAUCUGUAAAUAUACCACGACAUAAAGUUUACGCUCUCGUUAAUGUAACAGUUCGAGAAAUCCCACAGGAAGCUGUCGAUAAAUCGGGAUCAAUACGAUUUAUUGACAUGUCAGCUGAACAAUUCGUUGAAAUAAUGAAAGAAGAAGAUGAUCCAAGUGCAAUUGGAAAGAGUAAGAAAGAUAUUCUUCUUGAAGAAUUAUCUGAUAUAUUAAACGCAAAAUCGCAGAACAUUGAUAUCUUCACAGUUCUACAUUCUUCAAUCCAUAGCAAUGACACACUUUUGGAUGUAAGGUUUUCCGCACAUGGUUCACCCUACUACCCACCAGAAAAAUUAAACGCGUUAAUCAUCGACAAUUUUGAACGCUUAGAAAUGAAAUUAAAUGCAAAAAUCAUGAUGGUCCCAAUUGAUGAAUGUGUAAUGGAAAGACAAUACUGUGAAGAUUCUUGCAUCAAUUUCUUAAAUAUAGAUACCCGUCCAUAUGCGGUGUUUACGAAUUUAACAUCAUUUGUGGGUGUCCGCGCCGAAGUCGUUCCUAAAUGUCAAUGUUUCAUUGAAGAUCUUCCAAUUGUAUGUUUAAAUAAUGGUACACUAUUGCCUAAUCGUACAUGUAAAUGUAGACGAGGCUAUGAAGGUCCUUUCUGUGAGUCUUUAAGUGUGUCUUUCAAUGGAGAUGGGUGGGCUAUGUAUCCAACACUUCCACUAUGUACGGAUCUUAAACUAUCCUUCGAAAUCUUACCAUUAAGAUCCUACGGUUUGGUUUUAUAUAUGGGUCCUCUUGCAUUUAAUCCACUUUUACCAAUCUCCGAUUUCUUGGCCCUUGAACUUCAAGAUGGUUAUCCCGUGUUAAUGGUCGAUUAUGGAUCUGGGACCAGCGAAGUUCGACACAAACAGAUUCAAUUAAAUGAUGGAAAAAUGCAUAAAAUUGAAAUCAAUUUUGCUAUCAAUAAUGUCGAUAUGAUUGUGGAUUCGUGUCGAACAAGUGAAUGUUUUACGGCUGGCUCACCUGUCGGUAAUCAUUUAAAUGUGAAUGGACCUUUACAAUUAGGUGGUUCGAUUACAUCAUUUGCUGAAAUUGGUAAAUCAUUAAAUUGGACAAAAACACCAACGAAUAUUAAUUUUGCUGGAUGUUUACGAAAUUUGACGAUUAGUAUGAAUAAUAAUAUCAAGACAUACGAUUUAGAACCAAGAUAUGCAUUAAAUGCAAAUUCCUUCUGUAAAACAAUUGUUGGAACCGCUGGUGUACAUUUUGGAAUCAAUUCAAACUUUUUAGUGGCACUGUUAGUUUGUAUCGCCUUAUUAUUGAUUUUAUUAUUGACUGUGGUUGUACAUCGACGUCGACAAGAUCCAUAUCACGAUAAAGAUUUGGAUGAUAUUCGUGAAAAUAUUAUUAAAUACGAAGAUGAAGGAGGCGGUGAAGUUGAUACCAGCUAUGACCUAAACGUUUUCCCAAAACCAGAUCGAUUACCCACUACAAAUAAACAACAGCUAUUAGAUAAAGCCCCACCAAUAGAUGAAGAACCCGACAUACCUGGUUUCCUAGCCAUCAAAAAGAACAAUUGUGAUAAAGAUCCAGAAACAAGUCCAUUCGACGAUGUUCGCCAUUACGCAUACGAAGGUGAUGGAAGUACAAGUGGGUCGCUGUCAUCGCUGGCCUCCUGUACAGACGACGGUGAUCUCAAAUUUAACUAUUUAUCAAAUUUCGGACCAAGAUUUCGUAAAUUGGCUGAUAUGUACGGCGAAGAUUCAAGUGAAAUUGAUAGUCAAGAGGGUGGGGAAGAAUCUUGGUGUUAACAAAUUUAACUUUUCUUUUUACGUAACAAAAACUUAUGUAUUUUUUUUUUUUAAUGAACUAUUUUCAAAGUGCAAGUGAAUGUGAGGACAGUGCGACAAGAGUGUUUUAAAGAAGUGAGUGAAGCUAUGACAUUCAUCAACGCCUCCCCACCCCUCUUUAACUUAAUAAACAAACUGAUAUCCAUUUUAUAAUCAAGUGUUUUUAUUGGCUUCAAUCAAUUAAAAUCACUCGGUAUUAAUUUUUUGUAUUGCAAAUAAUAUGCCAUAAAAAUUUCAUUUGGAUACGUAAACAAUACAUUUUGGAUCUUUGGGUCUUAGAGAUCUUAUUACUCCUAGAUCGAAAAUUUGAUUGAAUUGAAAUUGUGAUAUAGCAAUGUAAACAGUGUUCGGGGAAAUUGGUGCAAAAUAUAUUAACCAGUGAUAAUAAAGGUCAUUAAAUGAUGUAUUUUCAUAAAAAUUUACAGGUAAUAAUCCUAAUACGAUAAGUUUGUAAUGGUAUUUUAUUCGUAAAUAUUUUCCAGAAUUCGGUUUUUUUUGGAUGUAAGUUCUCAAUUUUGUUUGGUAUUUUGAUCAGGCCUAAGAUGCGAUAAAAAUUGUUCACGUUUUUUUCACAAAAUUUGAGACCAUAAAUCAAGGCAGCUAUUUGUUUUUUUUUUGUUAGUGAUAAUUUAA